AUGGGAUUUGCUGUCUCGUAAGCCAGUAGAUCUAACAUAUAAAAGAGACCUAAUACCUUGAUUUAAGCGCUGAAUUCGUCUUAUUUACAGCCCCUCCAGUUUUGUUUAUUGCAGAAAUUUAAUAGCUGUUGUUUAACAAUGAUGAAAUAAAUUGAACUCGAAAGUAUCAAGCAGGGUAUUAAUCUUACAAUAAAUGAUCAUGAAGAAUCUGCAUAAGGUAAUGGUCAAAGUACUCAGACAUUCUCAGUAUAAAGCUAAGCAAUAUACAGGGGCAGGGGAAGAAGACCAAGUGGUGCUCCCAAAAAUCAUAUUGAUCCACAAGCUGCAUAAAAAGACUAUCAAUAGCUCUUUAGUAAUUGGGAUGAUGAUCAGAUGGAUAUCUUUCAAGUGAAUGAUGUAAAAAAUAAUAGAGAAUUACUAGCAGCUUUACAACCCAUAGCUCAGAAGAUUGGGUUCUAAAUUAAAGUCACUCAAAAUUUAAGCAGACAGGAAUUCAUUAAACAGAUGGAGAAGAGAGGAAUUGGAAUUUAGGUUUAUUAAAAUUGA